AAUAUGCGACUUAUUGACGAAUGGUACGGCUGUAGGUGGUCCUGGUGGAAGCACGGUGGCCAACAGACUGAGCGAAGACCCUACGGUCAGCGUGUUAUUGCUCCAGUCUGGGGGUGAAAAUGACCCUGCGGCUUACGAUUGGAACUAUCAUUCCACAAGAAGUGCUCAAUGGAAGAUGCAUUCCGUACCCUCUGGGCAUUGGUUUAGGUGGAUCAAGUGCCGUUAACUGCUUGGUAUACACCCGUGGAUCCGCAGACGACAUCGACAAAUGGGUCGAGCUUUCGGGAGAUGAGGGCUGGUCAUGGGACAGGUAUGCUGCCAUACUUCAAGAAGGUAUGGCUCCAACUCAUCGUAUGAUUAUACUAACACCCUUAUAUAGAGUAAGAAAUUCAAUACCAUUCCUCGUGGACGGGCAUAACACCACUGGUCAAUACCUGCCCGCCUUCCAUGGCACCGAUGGCGUGAUUGGUGUCAGUCAUCCAAGAUAUCCUUAAACCUUCGAUGGACGCGUCAUAAACACUACACAGGAGCUGGUAGAAUUUCCAUACCGCGUGGAUAUGAAUUCCGGCGAACACAGGUGUA